AUGAAGAUAAGGAAGAAGCUAAUUUCCGCUUCUUCAAACCUUCUAAAAUUGCCCUGACAAGUAAAACUUGCGAAGUGUUUCGUAUCACCAAGGAUUCUUCAUAAAACCCAGAAUUACGGCUUCGCCAGAAGAAAUAGAAAAGAAAAAUCUACAAAUUCUCAAACUUCCAAAGAUACUUGGAAUAGCCAAGAAGAAAUCGCUGAGAAAAGAUGGAAGGAGAUUGAAAAGCAGUUGGAUAUUUUCUCUGAGACAUACUUGUUCCCAGAAUUUCCUGAUCGAGCGCCAAAGCGUCACACACCAAAACACCCAAUAAGAUUCGAUAAAAAUAAUGAGUACAAAAUCUUCGAUUUGACUUCAUUGUUAUCAAAAGCAGAUAUGUCUUAUAAGCUCACAUUCAUGGCACUAUACUGUGUAUCAAGUGGGCUUUUCACCUCCAACUUGUACUUGAUGAGCCAGAUAGGGCCAAUGAUUGCUCCGGCAAUCAAGUCACUCUUGUAUUACUUCUUCGGAAUUAGAAAAGGACUUAAUUUCCUCAUUGCCAAAUAAAAACCUUGACUACACCAUCAUCACUGGAAUGUACCUUAAAAAUGGAAAGCAAGUGAGAAUAAAAACAAUUGCUGAAGAAAAGACACUCGAAAUAAAAGAUAUCUGCCUACUCCUAGAUCAUGGACCUCAAAAAGUAGUCAAAAGUUUGAACGAAGUUAAUAUGCCUCUUAUUGUCGCUGGUGAGCAAAUUUACUUGCUAAAGAUCAUUAACCCAGAUAUAAGAUAUGUUGAUGUCUUCGUAAGCAUCAUACUAGGUGUAGAGCUAAAUACAAAAUAAUCGAGAGACUU